GUGGCGGACCGUGUGCGGCCGGGCCGGCGGAAGGCAGAGGUGUGAGCGCGGCGAGGGACCUGAAGGGGAGCCGGGCCGGUGGGGCCGCCGCCGCCGCCAUGCAGGAAAUCAUCGCCAGCGUGGACCACAUCAAGUUCGACUUGGAGAUCGCGGUGGAGCAGCAGCUCGGGGCGCAGCCGCUGCCCUUCCCCGGCAUGGACAAGUCGGGGGCUGCUGUCUGUGAGUUCUUUUUGAAAGCUGCCUGUGGCAAAGGGGGCAUGUGCCCAUUCCGCCACAUCAGCGGUGAGAAAACAGUUGUGUGCAAACACUGGCUGCGGGGGCUCUGCAAGAAGGGAGACCAGUGCGAGUUCCUGCACGAGUACGACAUGACCAAGAUGCCCGAGUGCUACUUCUACUCGAAGUUCGGGGAGUGUAGCAACAAGGAGUGUCCCUUCCUGCACAUCGACCCCGAGUCCAAGAUCAAGGACUGCCCUUGGUACGACCGAGGCUUCUGCAAGCACGGUCCCCUUUGCAGGCACCGGCACACGCGGAGAGUCAUCUGUGUGAAUUACCUCGUAGGAUUCUGCCCGGAGGGGCCCUCGUGUAAAUUCAUGCACCCUCGAUUUGAACUGCCGAUGGGAACCACGGAGCAGCCCCCACUGCCGCAGCAGACGCAGCCUCCAACAAAGCAAAGUAACAAUCCGCCAUUACAAAGGUCGUCCUCCUUGAUCCAGUUAACGAGUCAGAACUCUUCUCCCAAUCAGCAGAGAGCCCCACAGGUCAUCGGGGUCAUGCAGAGUCAAAACAGCAGUGCAGGCAACCGGGGACCCCGGCCGCUGGAGCAGGUCACCUGUUACAAGUGUGGUGAAAAAGGACACUACGCCAACAGAUGCACCAAAGGGCACUUGGCCUUUCUCAGUGGACAGUGACAGCAGCUGGAGGCAGCUCAGAGCAGCCCAAGGGGCCCCACUGUUGGGGACGACGCUGGGCCCUCCUUGGGAGUGUGUACUUAACUGUUUAAUGCCAGUGUUGGGGCAACUUUGGCUAGAGCUGACAGGCAGGCACGCUGGGGUUCAUCAUUCUGAGGGGCUAUGUCUGUCAGUUUCCCUAUCAUUUUGCUGUCAUCUUUUUUUUAAAAGGGGACAUGUGCUCCAGUUUGGUCCCUCAAGUCGGCGUCAUGUUUGUCUAGGCAUCAAGGCCUCCUGUCUGGGAAUCCCUGCGCACCGCCCUCUGGGGAGGGAGGAAGUUGUGGGGCAGGGCUUGUGCUAAGCAGUUCUGUACAGAAGACAGACGGUCCUUCCCCUCAGGGCCUCGUUAUAUAAUAACACCAGUUCUUGGGGACCCCGGGGGCUAGUGGAUCAUUUAAAGCUGCGGCCAGGUCAGGCCUGCUUCCUCCACAUCCUGCUGAAUUCCGAAGCUGUGCCUAUCCAUGUGAUUUGAAGGAGGCAGCCCUUCAGGGCAAACUCAAGUGCGCUUGUUGCCUCCGCCUGCUCCUGCUCCUGCUCCUGCUCCAGGGUGGCAGCGGCGGAGAGGAGGGGUGCAGGGCUCUCAAGGGUGAGGGUCUUUUUCUUCUGGGCUUAUUUUCUUGGGGCACCUGCCUAACAGUGUUUAAGGUAUACCUUACGCUGGAGCUGCAGACCACCCUUUAAAUAGAUGACCCAGUCCAUCUGUGUACCUACCUCCUGCCCCAUCAAGCGUCUGUGCUGUCAUUCAGACACCUUUGGCCUAUGGAGGAGCCACCCUGCUCCUGAGCCUCGAAAUGUGAAACCAUCACCUGCAGCCGGCUGGGCAAGUGGGCCUAUCCAAGUUCAAUUACAAGAACCAUUUUUAUGAAGUUGAUUAAAGCUUGUUUUUUAA